AUGGUUGGGUCGGCGUACCGUCUUCGUCAUCGCCGGCUGAUGGACACAGCGCCUGCAACGGCGAGCAGUGAUCCAGGACAUUCAAGCUCCAAUGGGAUGCCGAUCAUGGUCUCCAUCCUGGUGGUCGUCAUCAUCUGCACUCUUUUCUACUGCGUGUACUGCUGGAGAUGGAGGAAACGCAACGCUGUCAGGCGGGCUCAGAUACAGAACAUGAGGCCGAUGUCCAGCUCGGACUUGCCUCUGAUGGACCUCUCCUCCAUCAACGCUGCCACCAACAGUUUCUCCAAGGAGAACAAGCUCGGCGAAGGGGGUUUCGGGCCCGUUUACAGGGGCGUCCUGGACGGCGGAGCGGAGAUCGCGGUGAAGCGGCUGUCGGCGAGGUCGCGGCAGGGCGCGGCUGAGUUCCGGAACGAGGUGGAGCUGAUCGCCAAGCUGCAGCACAGGAACCUGGUGAGGCUGCUGGGCUGCUGCGUGGAGAAGGACGAGAAGCUGCUCGUCUACGAGUACCUCCCCAACAAGAGCCUCGACGCCUUCCUCUUCGGUACUAGAAAGACCGCGCACUUGGACUGGAAGAUGAGGCAGAGCAUCAUCCUGGGGAUCGCCCGCGGGCUUCUCUACCUCCACGAGGACUCCAGCCUGAAGAUCGUGCAUCGGGACCUCAAGGCCAGCAACGUGCUCCUCGACAACAAGAUGAACCCCAAGAUCUCCGAUUUCGGCAUGGCCAAGAUCUUCGAGGACGAGGAGAUCGAGGUCAACACCGGCCACGUAGUCGGGACGUACGGGUACAUGGCGCCGGAGUACGCGAUGGAGGGGGUUUUCUCGGUGAAGUCGGACGUCUACAGCUUCGGGGUCCUCGUGCUGGAGAUCCUCAGCGGCCAGCGCAACGGCGCAAUGUACCUCCAGGAGCACAACCACACCCUCAUCCAAGACGCGUGGAAGCUUUGGGACGAGGACAAGGCGGCGGAGUUCGUGGACGCGUCGCUGGCGGCAUCCUACGCCAAGGACGAGGCGUGGCGGUGCUACCACGCCGGCCUGCUGUGCGUGCAGGAGAGCCCCGAGCUCCGGCCGACCAUGUCCGGCGUGGUGCUCAUGCUCAUCAGCGACCAGGCGCAGCUGCCGGCGCCGGCGCAGCCGCCGCUGUUCGCCAGCCCGAGGACGACGAAGAGGGCCACGCAGGCGUCGGAGUUCUCUCUGGGGACGGGGACCGACACGACCAAGACGCAGUCCGUGAACGACGUGUCCAUCACCAUGAUCGAGCCACGAUAAAAAAAUCGUCUUUUUUUUUCUCUCCUUCUUUGUCUGUUUUCUUCUUUCCCUUUAUAUCGUGCCGGACUUUUAUUGGUAAGUUUUAUGCCGGCGGAUGAGAUGCCCGCAAGCACAACGCGAGGUUGGAAGAGCAACGGGCACUCUGUAAAUACUCCGUGAUGGCUGUGACUGCACAGAAAAAGCCGGAAAACAAAACGGAUUUUGCAUUUGAAAUCUUUUGCACCGUGACAUAGACAGAAAAGAAGAUGCUUCGAAGUUACAAACGAGAUGAUUCCACUAUGAUGUAAAGGCAAAGAUAGAUCUUGUAUAAUUCAUCCUUCUGGAAAGAAACAUGGACCUGAAACAAA